GGACACAUCACUUCAAAAAAUUUCAGCUCAUUUUAGCCACGAUUUAUUUGUAAUGACUCACCAGGUGUAUUUUUUUAAAAAAAAAAAUUAAUAAUUAAUUUUUGAAUUUUAAAAAUGCUUUGAAACGGACAUAAUAAAUUGUCAUAAUAUGAAAUGUUGAUACUGAACUGGUAUUGAUUGUUGUGAUAAGUGACUUCAUAUUGCGGGGGAGGAAUCAUUGUUUUCAAUUUUGGAUUAUAUCACUAAUUUUGAACACUAAUGACUCGCAUUAGCUCAGCGAGUCCUACGCAGAUGAAUGGCAGUGAUGCCGUGCAUGAAGCUGUAUUACCCACCACAAAUGGAGUGUCUUCGGAAGGGGCGUUGGCAUCCCGUAGGAGAGGUAGAUGCAAGUGGUUCAAUGUGGCCAAAGGAUGGGGUUUCAUUACGCCUGUGGACGGGGGACCUGACGUCUUUGUGCACCAAUCUGUCAUUCAGAUGCCGGGUUUCCGCAGUCUGGGUGAUGAGGAAGAAGUGGAAUUCGACUGCAAAGUAUCAGAUAAAGGACUCGAGGCCACCAUUGUCACCGGACCUGAAAAACAGGACUGCAAAGGAUCACACAGAAGGCCGAUGUCUAAAAAAAGAUUCAGAAAAAUCAGAUGUUACAAUUGCGGAGAAUUCGCCAACCACAUUGCAGCCAAAUGCAGCCUGGGUCCUCAGCCGAAACGUUGCCACCACUGCAAAUCUACCGAUCAUUUGAUCGCCGAUUGCCCCAACCGGAAAUCCAAAGACAAGGAAGGCAAGGCUAAUGGAUCGUCAUCCCAACCCGAAUCUUCUUCUUCUUGUUCUCAUUCCUGCACCCCGGAAGUAGAAGACGAGGAAGAAGAAGAAGAAAUGGGUGAAGAGAAUGGCAAAGACUAAGCUCAACACCCCUUCCUUCAACCAGUGCAAAAAUAAAAACUCAAAUAAUUCUUCUAGUCCCUUUGAGGCAUGGGUCGCCGUACUUUAAAAGUACCGAAACUGGCAUAACAAACCCUACAUUGAUAGGCACAAUGAACUCUUGCCUUUCAGAAAACUUGCCAGAUCGAUCCACUAGUUCAAGAAAACUUGAACAGAUUUUUAAAACCGGUUUAUUUCUUAUUUUAAUAUGUAAAUGUGAACAGAUUUUUAAAGAGUAAUUGAAUUUGUUCGAUAUGAAAUGUUUUAUUUAUAAAUUCCUGUUGAUGGUUUGUUUAUUUAUUUUUCCUUAAAAAUAAUUAAUAGAUGGCUACCCAAAGUGUCACUCGUAUAUUCAGGUGAUUUUUUGUAUGUAAAUACUUUCUUUCAUAAACACUGUGCAUUGGUGCAGUUUUUUUUCUUUCUGUCCAAUUUUGCUUAAUCAUUUAUUGCUUCUAAUUACUAAAAUUAAGAAACACAGGACAAACGUAUUAAAAGAUUUCUGGUUAAUUAACGACUGAUUACUUAAAGUGUUGUUAGUGUCUGCGAGAGUACCAACUAUUCAAAAUCGAGUUCUUGGCAAAAAAUUUGAAGCUGUUCGUCAAAAGAAUUUGAGGAUCGCUAAAUGAAAAAUUGAAUCUCGCCAAAUGAGAGAUGUUCGCGAAAAUAUUUUGAAGCUGAUUCAAAAGAUUUUUUAUGUUUUCAAGAGGCAAAAUUAAAUCGUUUUUGUGGAAAACUUAAGCUUAGUGCAUUUAAUUUCUUAUUCUUUUUUUGCGACAAAAUUGGAAUUUUAAUUUUUAAUUGUUUCAUCUGUUGUAUCCGAACAUCAAGAAUAACAAUUUCGUGCACUCUUUUUUUGUGAGUUUAGUCGUCCUGUGACGGCUGAACUAGUGUCUGGGUACUUUGCUGAUUUAUUAGCUAAAGACCAACUGCCAAAUGGAAAAUUGAUAGUUCGAAGCGACCACCAAAUCCGAAUCGCUAUUUUUACAUAAAAAUAAACAGUUCAGUCUGUUACCUUAGCGACCGCUUCAAACACGUCCAGCGUCGGGGGUUCAUCUCGUGACUACAAGACAGUAGAGCAGCACUUUGCAUAUUACAUUGAGAAAUUUGAAAACAAUCACGUCGUAUACAUCAGGCCACACUCACACACUGACGGGCGAAAGAAAAGGUAAAUUCCAACGAAGAAAAAAAAAAUACCCAUGUCUGAAACGAUGCUCGAGCCCAUACCCAUUGACUUAAUAUUCUAAUUACUGCAAAAGUAGUUAAGUUAAAAGGAAAUCUAUACCCUAUACUCUGUAGUAUAUAUUCUAUAGCCAAUAAUUUUAAGAAUAGUUUCUAACCCUAUUUAUUCGAAGAACCGGGUAAAUAAUUUGGACAAUUUACAUAAUUUUUACCAAUACGAAAUUGUGACAAUAAAAGUUUUUUUUUUUUGACCAAUUUGUUUCUUGCUAUUCAUUUACUCUCUAUAAUAAAAAGUAUUUUGAGCCCAAACCUACUUUAAUGUAAAUAAAAUUUAUAUAAAUUCUAAAUAUUAAUCCGUGGUUCAACACCAGUCCGGUUGAGAAUCAAAUGAUCUAUAGUAAGGGUCAAUGUCAAUACGAAAUAUUUUUUUCACUUUUUCCUUGUAUUUAUUUAAGAAAAAUUAAUGUGAUUGUCGAGUGACACUUCGGGUACUUCGGUUGUAAGUCUUAUUAGACUAAACAUACGUCAUAUCGAGUGAAAAAGAAAAUCAGACGCAAUAACUAAUUCAUCAUAAUAAUUAGGUGUUUUGAACCCUUUGAAUUAGAUGAAGUGGAAGAUGUUAGUUGUUGAAAUAAUUCAAGAAAGGGUCUUUAAAGAUCAAAGAGAAGAAAUUUAAAAUGCAUUUUCACAAUAAAAAAUAGAGUUUUAGAUGUUUUAUCACACAUUUUGAGUUUGUAAAUGACUUUUUUUCCUCAGAUUUUCUAGAGUUCUGGAAAACUAAAUUCUACCUGUGAAAUAAAUGUAUUUAUAUACUCGUA